AUGGAGAAGAAGCGCCGGGCACGCAUCAACAUGUCCCUGGAGCAGCUCAAGUCUCUUCUGGAGAGACACUACUCACAUCAGAUACGGAAACGGAAGUUGGAAAAGGCUGACAUCCUGGAGCUGAGUGUUAAGUACAUGAAAAGCCUUCAGAAUUCAUUGCAAGGACUCUGGCCAGUACCCAGUGGGCUCGACUACCCGUCUGGCUUCCAGGGCUGCUUGCCCGGCGUGAGCCAGCGGCUUCGGCGCGGAGAGGAUGGCAGCGGCCUGCGCUGCCCCCUGGUGCUGGAGCGCAGGGCCGGCAGCACCACGGACAGCGCCAGCCCGCAGGCGGUCUCCGAUCUCAGCCCCUGCCUCCCGGCCAUCUGGGCCCCUGCUUCCGCUGCAGGUGGCUCCCAGUCCCCUCUGUCCCCGCUCCCUCUCCCUAGAGGACUCCCUGAGUCCUCCACCGGCGUUCCGCCACCACAACCAGUGUCGAACUGCCAGACCGAGAGCCCAAGACCCGGGCUUGGGGUGUGGCGGCCCUGGUGAGGCCUAGGCAAGGAUUCAGACGCAAGACCCCUCCCCCACGCCCCAUCACUCGCCGU